AUGCUGCAGGCCCCCUUCUGCUGCAGCAGCGAGUUAAUAUAUCUUAUAGAUUGCUGCAGGCUGCUAGGCACCCCAACAACAAAGCAGCAGUGGAUGCAUAUACUAAACCCCCAGCAGCAGCAGCAGCAGCAGCAGCAGCAGCAGCAGCAGCAGGUGCUGCUGCAGCAGCAGCAGCAGCAGCAAGCUGUGGUGAUAGAAGAAGAAAGAGAUGCUAUCGAAGAGAAAGCUGCUGCUGCUGUCUACCCAAUGAUGUGGAUAGAGCUGCUGCCUCUCUGGCCUGCUCCGCGGUGGCAGCUGCUGCUGCAGCAGCUGCAGCAGGAAGAGCAGCAGCAGCUGCAGCAGUCGGUUGCAGCUAUGCAUGCAUACGGAACAGAGAAAGACAAGCAGCAACUGCUGCUGCUGCUGCAGCAGUUGCAGCUGCUGCAGCAGCAACUCAACAAAGAUAAACAACAACACUCCGCAACAAAAACAACAGCAGCAACUGCAGCAGCAGCAGGACAACCACCAGCAGCAGCAGCAGCAGCAGCAGCAGCAGCAGCAGCAGCAGCAGCAGCAGCAGGAUUGAAGAAGAUAAACAACAACACUCCGCAACAAAAACAACAGCAGCAACUGCAGCAGCAGCAGGACAACCACCAACAGCAGCAACAGCAGCAGCAGCAGCAGCAGCAGCAGCAGCAGCAGGAUUGA